GUAAUCUCUGUUGGCUCCCUACUGCCUCUGCAAUUCAAUAUAAAACCCUCUGUUUAGCAUAGAAAGCCCUUUGCCACCUGGCCCCAACCAAUCUCUCCUAUGGUACAUGUAUUGCUCCUCUUCAUGCAUUUUUCAGUCCAGUCAAACUCGUCUUCUUGCUAUUCAUCACCCAUGCUCUCCAUUUCCGAUCCAGGACCCCAGGAAGGCAAAUGAUUUGGCCAGGACACAGAGCCAGAAGUUGCACCCUGUAAUGGCAGAAGGCUAUCCUGGAGAGAUUCCUGACAAUAUGAGUGAGGAGACAAGCCAUGGUUAUGGACACCAAGACCCCAGCAAAAAGCAGUUGAGACUUGUCCUGGUGGGAAAAACAGGAGCUGGGAAAAGUGCAACAGGGAACAGCAUCCUUGGAAAACAAGUAUUUGUGGCAAGACUAGCAGCAAAGUCAGUGACCAAGAACUGUGAGAAGACAAGCAGAUUGUGGAAUGAGAGAGAAAUUGUGGUUGUGGAUACUCCCGGGAUUUUUGAUACUGAUGUGUCUGAUGUGGACACAUCAAAGGAGAUCAGCCGCUGCCUCAUUAUGUCCUCCCCUGGGCCUCAUGCCAUCAUCUUGGUGGUCCCACUCAGUCGUUAUACCAAGGAGGAGCAAGACGCAGUAAAGAAGAUUCUGGGAAUUUUUGGUUCCAAAGCUAGGAAAUAUAUGAUCCUUUUAUUGACCAGGAAGGAUGAUUUGGAAGGCACUGAUUUGAAUCAAUACUUAGAUGAAAGUAGAAAUGAAGCUUUGAAAGACCUGAUUGGCCAGUUUGAUGGAAGAUACUGUGCAUUCAACAACCGGGCAACUGGAGAUGAGCAGGAGGCCCAGGUAACAGAGCUUCUGAGCUUGGUUGAGCAAGUAGUACAGAAGAAUGGAGGCUCUUGCUAUACAAACCAGAUAUAUAAACUGACAGAAAAGAAGAUUCAGGAAGAAACUGAAGCAUUGCAAAGAUCCUACAUGCAAGAACUGGAAAGACAGAAAAAGAAAAUAAGGCAGGAGUAUGAAGAGGAAAUCAGAAACUUAAAGGACGAACUAGAGCGGAAAGAAAGAGAAAAAAACAUGUAUAAGGCUCUUGCAGAAGAAGAAACUUUGUAUGAAAAUAAGCAAAGAGAUGCCAGAAAUGAGGUUAUGAACUUUAAUGGGUUCUUUGAAAGUUUCCUGAAAAUCUUGGAAGUAGUUUCUGGCAUAAUUCAAAUUAUAUUUAAGGACUAAGGAAUUUUGUAACACUAUUUUAUGCUUUCUGCUACUUUUCCAGCUUCUUCCUUCUCUGUUGGUUAUUGAUGAAUACUCAGGCCUCACAAGUCCAUCCUAACACUCACAUCUCCAAGAAUAAUGACAGUUGCAAACCUUUGGUUAACAAAAAACAUUUCAGUCUGAAAAUAAAAAGACAGAUUAUUUUCCUGUGAAAAUCCAGAAAAGGAAAUUCUAACUCUUUCUGAACUAAAAAUUUUCCCUCCAAGAUUCAGAGGAGGGAAAAAGUACCAAUGGUCAAACAAGUAACAGGCUUUCAAUAUUUCUCCAUACUCUCCCCCCUAGAAGGGGAACAUAUUCUCUGUGUGGUGACUUUCACUCACAUUUCAAUUGUUGUCAUUACCAAGCUAGUAUUUGUGUAGGAAUUUAGGGUCUGUAGAACACUUUAUAUAAAGUUUACUUACACAAACACAUAGUUACAUACAAAUCAAGUGUCAUCUGAUUUGUUCCUGAAAAUAACCCAGUAAGAUAGACACUAUUAUUAUCCACACAUCAGUAAGGAAAUUAAAUCUCAGAAUCUGUGACUUGCUCAUGAGAACAGUUAGUAAGUACCUGAGGUAGUAUUUGAAUUCAAGCCUUCCUUUCUCUAAGUCUGACCCUCUAACCACCACACUACCUACUUGACAGUUUCACCUUGGCCAUUGUGUCCUUGAUAUUCAUCUUAACCAAAUGGUAUUUGAAGAGGGAAGAGAUAAAAUCCUGUUAUCUUCAUGGUUCUUAACCCUAAGGUGGAAUUGCCCAUAGGUUUUCUGCUUCAUAGUGAUCCACUCUCUCUCUCUCAUUACCUAUCCAUUUAAAUUGUCAGAAUUCUGUGUCAUUGACUGUCAUGUUACUAGCCAUUGUGAUAAUUGUUCAUUCAUGUAGCUCUUUAAGAUUUACAAAAAACUUUCAUCACAGCAAAUCUCUGAAAUGAUAUUGCAGGUGUUACUCUUACUUUACAGGUGAGAAAAUUGCAAACUAAAAAGAUUUGAUUUUUCCAUUGCAUAAAAGUUCUUAGUGUCAGGGUUUCUUCUGAUUUCAAGUUCAGUGUGCUUUUUAGUAUACACAUUACCUCUUUCAUUAAAAAAUUGUUUGCCAAAUGCCUCAGAAUUCUAUCUCUCCUGUACCAGUCAUAUUUAGAGUAUAAUUAUGGGUCAAGUGGAAUGUUAAAUCCCUAAAAAUUCAUAUGUGGUGAAAGACUCUGACUCAACAGAUGAGACAAUAUGUUUUAAUGUGUUCAUUUCACUCUACUAGCUCAACUGCAUGAUCUUAAUAAAAUUUGACAUUUCUGAUUUUU